CACGCGCGCUCGCGCGCCCGCCCGCGCUCCUAACCUCUUCGCACGGCCGUGUAACGCGCAUCCGCUCGCGUAGGAAACUCGGCGCGAUUAUGCUCUCGUAACACAACGGGGCUGGGCCACGACGUCGUAUGUCCGUCAGCGGACGGCGCGGUGGAGGCAGGCGCGGCACGACGCGAGUCAGCGACGGUGAUCGCGCGUAAAAAUGAAAUGGGGCAUUGGGUGAAAGUACUCGCGGCGGCGACGGCGGCGGCAACGAGCGAGCGAGCGAGCGAACCUGCCUCUUAUAUCAGAUCAGUACGAAUGCUGCGCAACUCGUUGCGGACCCUUUGUGUACUCCUGUCGCUGGCUACUCUGGUGCCUGCCCUGGAGAAUGGUUUGGCCAGGACGCCACCGAUGGGCUGGUUGGCCUGGGAGAGAUUCAGAUGCAACACUGACUGCAAAAAUGAUCCGGAUAAUUGCAUAAGUGAUCGUCUCUUCCGAACUAUGACAGAUAUCGUGGUAGCCGAGGGCUAUGCUGCAGUGGGCUAUGAGUACAUUAACGUGGAUGACUGCUGGCUGGAAAAGGAGAGGGACUUGAAUGGGCAGCUUGUUCCAGACAGAGAGCGAUUCCCAUAUGGCAUGAAGAGCCUGUCUGAUUAUGUACACUCAAAAGGUCUUAAGUUUGGCAUUUAUGAAGAUUACGGCAAUUACACUUGCGCCGGAUAUCCAGGUAUAUUGGGUUACCUGGAAAUAGACGCUGCCACGUUCGCAUCUUGGGAUGUGGACUAUGUAAAGUUGGACGGAUGUUACUCACAUCCCGUCGAUAUGGAUAGAGGCUAUCCUGAGUUUGGGUUCCACCUGAAUCAAACUGGCAAACACAUGAUAUACUCCUGCAGCUGGCCCGUGUAUCAGAUCUAUGCCGGUAUGCAGCCAAACUAUACCGCGAUAGCGGAACACUGCAAUCUUUGGCGCAACUUUGACGACAUCCAGGACUCCUGGGCGAGUGUGGAAAGCAUUAUCGACUAUUACGGCAACAAUCAGGACGUGAUUGUGCCUAAUGCUGGGCCUGGUCACUGGAACGAUCCUGAUAUGCUGAUCAUCGGCAAUUUCGGACUGAGCUAUGAGCAAAGCAAAACGCAAAUGGCAAUCUGGGCAAUCCUAGCGGCGCCGUUGCUCAUGUCCGUUGAUCUCAGGACGAUCAGACCAGAGUACAAGGCUAUUUUGCAAAACAAGAAAAUUAUCGCCGUGGACCAAGAUCCACUGGGCAUCCAGGGUCGGCGGAUAUACAAACAUAAGGGCAUUGAGAUUUGGGCGAGGCCCAUCACCCCAGUUUACCAAAAUUACUACUCGUACGCAAUCGCGUUCGUCAACAGGCGAACGGAUGGUACACCAUCGGAUGUAUCAGUCACACUGAAGGAGCUGGGUCUACAGUAUCCGGGAGGAUACCGCGUAGAAGAUUUGUAUGAGGAUGUGGAUUACGGCAUAUUGUCACCGCAAACCAAGAUCAAGGUGAAAGUGAAUCCGUCGGGUGUGGUGAUACUGCGGUGUAAUUUGAACAUAGAUGACGGGUUUCGUUACUCGCCGUACUCGCCCUUGAAUCAGGUGUUUAAAGUUAGGCAAAACUCAUUUAAAUGA